AUGGAUCGACAUGAUCUCGUCAUCUAUGGCGUAACUGGGUUUACUGGUGCAAAAAUUUUGGAAACUCUGUUAGACUCAGAAACAAAUGUUGAUUUUGCGGUAGCUGGAAGAAAUGAACAGAAGAUUCGUCAAUUGCUCUGCAGAAUUGGAGAGCUGAAAAGUGAGAAGGACUUGUCAAAAGUUUGUGUUAUUGUCGCAGAUUCCAGUAAUGAAACCUCGUUGAUUUCAAUGGCCAAGCAGUCAAAAGUUGUUGUGAACGCCGUUGGUCCGUAUCGUCUUUAUGGUGAAGCUGUGGUAAAAGCUUGCAUUGAUGGUGGUGCAAGUUACGUUGAUGUGUGUGGUGAACCAGCUUUUUUGGAAGAGAUGCAGUUAAAGUACUCUGAUGCUGCUAAGGAAAAAGAGGUUUAUAUUGUGGGGUCAUGUGGUUGGGAUAGUGUUCCCUGUGAUCUGGGUAUAAACUUUUUGAAGGAUCAUUUUCAUGGAAGAUUAAACCAUGCAGAGACAUUUGUGCAACUGAGUUUUGGAAAGGAUGGCUUUGCAUUUAAUACUGGGACUUACAAUUCACUUAUUCUGAGCUUGGCUAAUAUGAGAAAAGAUGGUCUUGGAGAAAGGCGAAAAAAACUUAUGCCUGAAAAAUUGCCUAGAACCGGAUAUUUCCCUUUGAAAAGGUUCUUUCUGUGGUACAAUGAGUUCUUGAGAGCAUAUUGCCUUCCUUUUCUGGGUGCCGAUAAAAGUGUGGUUUCCAGAACACAGUAUUUCAACUGGCAGCUUCAUAAAGAGUUUCCAGUAAUUGUUCAGACCUACAUGGGUAUAAAGAGCUUAUUUUGGACAUGUUUAUUAGUCCUCUGGCUAACAGCUUUCUCGCUUCUUGCUCAGUUCAACUUUACGAGGAAACUGCUUUUGCGUUAUCCAGAAAAAUGCAGCUUUAAUAUGUUUAAAAAUUCAGGGCCAACGGAAGCCCAGAUGAAAGACUCAUCAUUUACAUAUUGGUUUUACGGAUUUGGAUGGAGAGAAGAAUUCCCGCCUGAAGAAGUGAAAAGAAGGCAUUUUUUAAAGGUUAAAGUACGAUGCGACGGCCCUGAUCCAGGUUACACCUCGACCGCUGCUUGUGUAUUGUGUGCAGCGUUUACUGUCCUUGAGGACCACAAAACCUUGCCGGACAAGUAA